AUUUCCCGACAGCCCAUGAAUGCAACACUAGCUUUUGCGUCCAGUGCCUGACAUGGUAGUAGCAUCACAACAGCGUUUGAAUGGGUUUUUGUCGGGCCUCCAUUAAGCUUUGUGCCCCGGGGAGCUUACACGUAAUAUUUUGGCAACACUGUGGCUUUGUCUGGAUGUUAUCACCUUCAGAACUUCUCGUUGCCCCAGUUUUCCCACAGGGCUUCAACGCUAAGUAGUUUAGCCUCAUCUGCUCAACCGUAACGUUGUACUAACCGACAGCGGUUAGCUAGCUAGCCAGCUAGCCGCUAACAGCUUUCUUCAAUGUUGGAAAAGUUGAUCUAAAUGGGUUGGAAAAUAAGGAACUCGCAUUCUCAUCAAAGUAUAGAACGUGUGGGAUAGUUUGUUUAUAGGAAUUUUCACAAUGGACCUCAAUUUUUACUCGGAGCUGUCGGAUGGUUGUGCUCAAAAUGUUGAUACGGAGUUUUUGGAUACCCAAGCUUAUGGUGGAUACUCUGAAGAAAACAAGUUUGCAGAAGGCAGCGACAGCUACCUCACCAUCAGUGGAGCGGGCCACCCUUUCUUGUCCGCUGAGCAGACAUUUCAUACUCCCAGUCUCGGCGAUGAGGUGUUUGAGAUCCCCCCCAUCUCCCUUGACCCAGACCCGACUCUGAGCAUCAGUGAUGCAGUGUCCCACUUCGAGUUGGCCGAUGGGUCAGACGGCACCGGGGGACCAUCAGGCUCCCGUAGCCUUGUCAGCAACCUGGUAGUCGAAGCCAAUGACCCUUCCUUCGCUUCCACCUUUGUAAACUCUGGGUCCCAGGGCCUGGAGCAGCUGAACCUUGGGGCACUGGGCCAAGCCGGAGGGGGAGCACUGCUCAGCUCCUCAGCUUUGGAACUGGGGAGUUCCGGCGGUUCACAUUUCAGCAGUUCGUCCCCGAUGACCAUUGAUGUCCAGCUUGGCGACAUUAGCCAUGGGCUUUUGGGAAGCAGUCAUCUGUCCACUAUCAACCAGUCUGAGCUAGGAAUGGGUCUUGGGGGUGAAAACAUGAGGCAUCAUUCAGAGGCGCAUGAGCAGCCGCUGUCUGCGACGCCAUCACCCGCCGGCUCCCUGCAGGAUGAGGACAUGGAUGACUUCAAGAGGAGUGUGCUGGUAGACUCCCCCAUGUCUCUCUCCUCUUCCCUUUCCCACAUGUCCACUCACCCGGCUCCUAUAUCUUCAGUGUCCCCAGCUGUGGCCAGGAGGGCCGGGGGAAAGCCAGCCACACUGGCCUCAGUGACUGCUGCGGCGGGCGCUAAGAAAGAAAGGAAGAAGAAAGACCCAAAUGAACCGCAGAAGCCUGUUUCAGCAUACGCUUUGUUCUUCAGAGACACACAGGCAGCCAUUAAGGGCCAGAACCCCAACGCCACUUUUGGGGAGGUGUCAAAGAUUGUGGCCUCCAUGUGGGACAGCUUGGCGGAGGAACAGAAACAGGUGUAUAAGAGGAAGACAGAAGCAGCCAAAAGGGAGUAUUUGAAAGUACUGGCAGCUUACAAAGCCAACCAGCUCUCACAGCCUGCCACUGAGGACAUGGAGACUGCCCCUUCACCACCUCCACCAGUGGUAAACCCAGCACCCACAGCUCUUCCCUCAGCCGCUCACCAGGCUCUCCGACCAGCUAACAGCACACUGGAAGAGAACACCAUCACCAACAUCUGUGCCUCCAACAUCAUCCUGGACGUCCCAGAGAUGACCACACGUUCACGCACGGGGGCAAACAAAGUCACAGCUCCAGCAGCUGCAGUACCCCCGACUCAGACCAUCACCAAGAUCAUCAUCCCAAAGCACAUGUUGCAGGCGGGGGGCCAGGUGGUGACUGUGUUGCCGGGCGGGGCCCGCGCUUUGCAGCCUACACUGGUGGUGUCGGGUGGUGCUCGUCUGCCACCUCCACUGCAGCAGAUGCAAAAUGCGCCACCUCCACCACGGCUCCAGCAAAUGGCGCCAGCUCCUCCGCCCUUACAGGCCAAGCCCCGCGAGGGAAGCUCCACGCCGGGUCUCGCUGUGUCUGUCACGGCUACACCUCCGCCUCCACUCCAGAUAAAAAUAGUCCCUGCCUCCCUGCAGGGCAAAGACACCCUGCCAAUUAUUGUCCCUGACACAGCGGCGGGGUCAUCGGCUGCAGCUACAUCCACCCAGUCUGCAUCUGUGGUGUCAGUGCAGGUGGUGAACUCUGCUGACAUGUCAGGCAAUACAGACGAUGAAGAAGUUACAGAGGUGCUGCCUUCAGAAGAGGAUGAGAUGGAGGUGAAUGGGUCCAGUGAUGCCUCGGCCAUGAGGAGCGUGUGCGCGAGGGCGGGCUGCAACAAUCCGGCCAUAGAGAGCGACGACUGGGACAAAGAGUACUGCAGCAACGAGUGUGUGGCCACUCACUGCAGAGAUAUAUUCAUGGCGUGGUGCUCUAUCAGGAAUCAGAGCAUGGGAACAGUGAAAUAAGAACAGCAAACACUUGUUUCUCCACAAAGAGCGAGUGUAUACAGAUGAAGGACAGAUGCUUCACACUGCAGUGUCAGUUCUCUCAUUGUUUUCUUUUUUUACAUGUACUGUAGGUUUGGACAGUUGCUGUUUAGGACAAUAAACAACAUGUUGUGUUGUUAAAUUAGGACAGCCACAAAGACAAAUAUUCUACAGUGUUAGAUUAUGUACGCAACUUUUAUUCAGGCACCAAGAGACGUCAAGGCAGCUAGAGAAAAGAUCAGCAAAACGAAGCAAUUCAGUUGGUCAAGAUAAUGGUGUUCUUAGAUUCUUUUUACUAAAGCCUACACAGGUCAGUUAAUACCUGCUAUACUUUGCUGGAAAAGUGCUUCUCAAAAUAUUCCGAGAAAGAGGAUCAACAUUUCAACCUUUUUACAGCAGCCUGAGACACACGAUUGUAAAGUGCUCAGCACCCAAUUUGAAAUGAAUGCUCUGUCUCUUGCAAUAACCAGGAGACACACAUCUUUGUUUCUUUUCUUAGCUGAAAUAUGCAUUAGUUUGAGUUGAAAAAAACAGUUGGAUCACUGUAUGCUUUGUUUUUGUACUGUGGCACUACAGGGGUCUUCUAGGUUUAAUAUUGCCUUCAUCUUUUUGUAUAAAAAAAAUGUUCAGAUCAUUGGCAGUUGUUAAAGAAAUGUUCAACUUCAAUGUUUUCUUAAUAAAUGGGCAAAUUUG